AUGUCGUCAGAAUCUGGCUUCGCUUUCCUCCCGCAGGGUGCCAUCAUCCAGGAGUUCAAAGUGGGCGGCCAAAACAUCGUGCUUGGGUAUCCGACCCCUGAACCAUAUGCCGAUUCGCCUUUCUUUGGGGAGACCAUUGGCCGCGUGGCCAACCGCAUCAAGAACGCCGAGUUCACUCUCAAUGGAAAGUCGUAUAAGCUAGCUGCAAACGAAGGCCCAAACCAUAUACAUGGAGGCACCAAGGGUUGGGGUAAGAAGCAGUUCAAGGGCCCUCAGCCCGUCAAUCGCAAUGGAAAGGAAGCAGUCCUCUUCACAUAUGUAUCACCCGACGGGGAGGAAGGAUAUCCAGGCACGGUAGAGCUGAGAGUCUGGUACAUAGCUUCGACAGAGGACGAAGGUGGGGUGGCCAAGACAGUGCUUGAAACGGAGUACGAGGCGGAAUUGGUCGGAGACGAGUGUGAUGAGACCGUCGUCAACGUCACAAACCACGGCUAUUUCAACCUAAGUGACGGGCCCACGAUCGAGGGAUCGGUGGUUACCCUUCAUACUUCCAAGUAUCUGGUCGUGGAUAGCGCACUGAUUCCGACCGGGGCUAUUGAAGAUUUCCCUGGUAUAGAGGCAGACAAACCUUUCGUCCUGGGUGCGACAGAGCCCGAUAUUGACCAUUGCUUUGUGGUCGACACGGACACCUCAGAACUUCCCCUCGAUACUCGCCAGAGACAGCUCAAGCCACUGAUUAGUGUAUCACACCCCCAAACCAAACUGCACCUGGAUGUCUUUAGCACGGAACCUUGCUUUCAGUUCUACACUGGGAAACAUAUCAAAGCCGCCGCAACAGAGCACACUCCAGAAAGGGGUGCCCGGGCGGGAUUCUGCGUGGAAGCAAGCCGCUUCAUCAAUGCGGUCAACGUGCCAGAAUGGAGAAACCAAGUGAUCCUCAAGCGCGGGCAGACCUGGGGUGCAAAGACGGUGCACAAGGCGUGGAAGGCAUAG